AUGUUGGCGAAUACUCUCAAGCUCUUCUUGAUCUGCAUCCUCCGGUGUGCUCUACUGGGACGGGCACAGUCCUCUGGAUCAUCGUGCCCUGCAGCAGGAGCCACGGAAUGGAGCUUGGAGUACGGUAUCCCCCUGCUCGCCUAUGAAAAAGGGUUCGGAGGACUGUUGAAAGCAGGCCUGGGAGCAAACCAGCUCGCUCCAAGCUCGACAUUGGCCACUCCCCAGUCUACAGCAGUUGUCAAACCGAACCGAGACACUCUCUAUGCCAGUCUUUUCUACGAUUUAUCUAGACAAGAUCUAGUGGUUGAUGUUCCACAAGUCGAUGACCGCUAUUAUGCUGUUUCCUUCUACACACCUUACGGGGAUAAUUAUAUUAAUCUAGGACCAGCUGGCGGCAAUCCAGCGGGAAAGUAUCUCCUGACCGUGGCGCCUUCGAGUAGUAACAUGGGGACUUUCUCAACUUCUGGUAGCAGCGAUGGCUUUAUGGGUACCGUGUACUCUCCCACCACUUUUGGCAUUAUUCUGUAUCGAAUUCUCGUCCGGAACACAACUGGCGACUUAUCUGUCGUGAGCGGCAUCCUGCAAGGCUACACCAUCACGCCGACAUCUCGCAACGGAUCGAUUGUCGGCCCAGCCCUUGACAGUGCCAUUUUCGCAGGACUACCGAAUUCGACGGCGCAGAGCGUGAUGGAGCUGGAUGCACGAUUCAAGCCCGUCUCUCCUUACAAUGCUACCGGUCGCAUGUCCCCUGACACGACGUCAAACUUCACUCAGGCCGGUAUCUCAGACGGCACGUACACAGCACCAGACUGCGUCAAUAUGACCUCGACAUGGUUGGCCGUCCAAGCUGCAGUGCAGUCGUUCCCUCGCGUGAAUGGGAGCGUGGUGGAUGUUGGUAACGGAUGGACCAUCAACAACCCGCAAAUCUCAGGUGUAUACGGUCCCAACAUUCUGGCUCGGGCCUAUAUUGCUCAGUUCGGGUAUCUGAUGCUUCAGCCUUCACAGGCGAUUUAUCCCUCCUUCGCGGGAAAUCUCAGCUUGAUGGCAAACGAAUCCUACAUUCUGAGAUUCUCUGGCAAACCACCUUUGACGGAGCUCGGGUUUUGGAGCGUCACCAUGUACAACGCCGCGGGCUAUCUCGUGGAUAAUCCCAUCAACCGAUAUUCCCUCGGCGACCGCGACAAUCUAACUUAUCCAGAUGGCACUCCCGUGUACGGGCCAGGCAGUGACGCCGCGGUGGACCAGCCGUUCGAUAUCCUCAUCCAGGCCGCGCAGCCACCAAGCAAUUGGACAUCCAACUGGCUGCCUUCUCCUGCAGAGCCGGGUCCCUUCGUCCCCUUGCUUCGGUGGUAUGUGCCUGCACCGGGGCUUUCGAAUGGAACCUAUAUCUAUCCUCUUGUAACCAAAGGAGGCGUGAUUACGGGGAACCUGGAGUCACAGCCUUCGCCAUCCCCAGCUAUCCCGUCGUCAGCGGCACCUUCGUCGGCAUCGGGAACAGCUUCUGCUAGCGCCUCUGCAGCCUCUACUGCGACGUCAUCGUCGGGUUCGCCUUCGUCGGGGCCAACCCAUCGACCUCGAAUGUUGCUGCUCCUCGUCGGAGUCGGUUAUCUUGUUCUGCUGUUCUGA